AAGCAAUCCGUUGGGCGUCGCGCCGUUGCCUUAUUGUGGAGGCGAGAACCGGAAAGCCUAAUCGCUUCUCGCAGUAAAUGUGGGCCGGCCGUCUCCAGCCCCCACCGGGUUCCUCCUCGGCCCAUCUGCGACCGGAGAGCGUGCGGGCACGCACGGGGGGCACCCAGAACCUUCUCCCCGACACGAGAGUCGGAGAGUCCACGCUUCCAACUGAUGCUCCGACCCAACAUCGAACCCAUCGCGCGCGCGCCCCCACUCGCCGGACGAGCGCAGGGAUCGAGUUGACCAUUGAAUAGCGACCGCGGAUGAUGUUUCCUCCUCCCCUCUGAUCACUUUCUCUUGAUUGUCACACAGGAGUAUAUCAUUAUAGUUGGGAAUAUACUUUUCGGGUCAUCGCUGCCGUUCGCCGUCGCCUCUCCUGACACGCUCGGAAAUUGCGCGCGCGCGGGGAUGGCGCAAAGGUACGAGGAAUUGGUUCAUUACGGAGGCGGGAUGGACGGAGUUGGAGUCCCGGCGUCCCUGUACGGAGACCCUCACGCCCCGCGGCCCCUACCCCAGGUCCACCACCUGAGCCACGGGCCGCCCCCGCAUCCCACGCAGCACUACGGGGCCCACGCACCGCAUGGCAUCAUGCCAGCCGGCAUGGGCGGCGCCGUCAACGACGCGCUGAAAAGGGACAAGGACCAGAUUUAUGGCCACCCUCUAUUCCCGCUGCUGGCCCUCGUGUUCGAGAAGUGCGAGCUGGCGACGUGCACGCCCCGAGAGCCCGGAGCGGCCGGCGGAGACGUGUGCUCCUCGGACUCCUUCAACGAAGACAUUGCAGUGUUUGCGAAACAGAUCCGCGCAGAGAAGCCGCUCUUUUCUUCGAACCCCGAACUGGACAACUUGAUGAUUCAAGCCAUCCAAGUGCUGCGCUUUCAUCUCCUGGAAUUAGAGAAGGUCCACGAGCUUUGCGAUAACUUCUGCCAUCGGUACAUCAGCUGCUUGAAAGGCAAAAUGCCCAUCGACUUGGUCAUCGAGGAGCGGGAUGUCUGCAAGUCGGACUUUGACGAUCUGUCGGGAUCUUCCGCCAAGCUUGCAGAUCAUAACCCAGCAUCCUGGAGAGACUUGGACGACGCCCACUCCACACCCUCGGUCGGAACCCCAGGACCAUCUAGUGGGGGACACGUCUCUCAGAGCGGCGACAACACCAGUGAACUCGGAGAUGGCCUCGACAAUAGCCUAGCAUCACCGGGAACAGGAGAUGAAGAUGACCAGGACAAGAAGAGGCAGAAGAAAAGAGGCAUCUUCCCGAAAGUGGCUACAAACAUAAUGAGAGCGUGGCUAUUCCAGCACCUUACACACCCGUAUCCCUCAGAGGAACAGAAGAAACAACUUGCACAAGACACAGGCCUCACCAUUCUACAGGUUAACAACUGGUUCAUCAAUGCAAGGAGGCGAAUAGUCCAGCCUAUGAUUGACCAGUCCAACAGAGCAGUGAGUCAGGGUACAGCUUACAGUCCAGAUGGCCAACCAAUGGGAGGCUUUGUCCUCGAUGGCCAGCAGCAUAUGGGUCUCCGACCCGGAGGUCCAAUGGGGGGUAUGGGUAUGAACAUGGGCAUGGAUGGGCAGUGGCACUACAUGUAAGCCCAAACCACUGAGGCCAGCCUCAACAACAGGGUGAAGCCUCCAUGGUUGGCUCAGGGACCUUCUUCAUUCAGCUUGUGGAGCUGGAGGCCGCCCGCCGCAUAUCCACGCGACCGCCUCAUCUUUGUGUUGCGUCGAAAGGAUCACGCGUGGGGAAAAGCGUCACCUGCUGUCGGGAACUUUUUUUUUGGGGGGGGGAUAUGCCGUUUGAAAAGAGACUUUAGUAUGAACUUGAAGAAAGGGGGGGUGGGGGGGGGGCGUGUGGCUGCAACGCGAAAAAAAAAAAAGAAAAGACAUUCCGAACAGCAGUCACACAUGUUCCCCUUUUUCAUUUUAAAUUAUUUAUUUAUUUUUGUACCACGGCGGACCACAGGGAUCACACCUUUU